GCCGCCGUUAGCUGCACUGUAAACACUGUUAGCCGUUAGCACCCGCAGCUAACGUCACGUUAACGGGAUUUUUACCGGGCAGACGGACAGCGUGCAGGAUGGCCUCCCCUCUUCCUCUGUCCUCCCUGCGCCUCCUCAUCCCUCCUCUCCGCCUGGUGACGGCCGCCAUGUGGCAGGUCGCUUGGGAACAGAGCGUGAGGCAUUAUGGGAUGCUGGAGGACUUUGUUUCCCUGGUAACCGAUGCUGUCCCCCAGCUGCUGACGGAGCGUCAGAGGAGUCUGCUGCUUCUGGCUCUGAGGGCCAAGGUGACCCUGUCGGACCCCGACUCACCUGCCGUCCACAAACACCUGGACAGGAUCUGCUCUGUCUCCGGGCCAACGCUGGACCAGGAGCUCCAUGAAUGUUGCUCUGCUCUGUUGACUCUCAGCAACAAACUGACGCAGAGUCCCGCUGACACUCGGCGCCUCCUACAGGAGGUGUUUAACCAGAAGUUUGACUCGGCCCUCCAGUCCCUCAUUUCAGACUUUCUGUCCAGGAUCGACCAGCUGUUCCCUGUCCCCGACUUCAAACAGGCGGCCUCUUGGCUCACUGCUGCCCCUGCUGGCUUGGAUGACUGUCUGCAGGAGGCCGACAGGGAAGACCUGAGGGAGCUGCUGACCAAUCAGAGCUGUUUAUCUGGACGAGCCACCACCACAGUUACCUGUGAUGCUGAGGAGACCCUCCUGUCCGCCUGGUCCCACCCCCUCUUCACCAACCUGACCAAUCCUGACCCUCCUACCUCUGACACGGACUUCCAAUCAGACGGUCCCGUGCAGCUGGAUGUGGAGCUGGUGAAGGUGGAGGUGGUGGUGAUGGCGGAGGACGAGCAGGGCGAUAUACAUGAGGCUGUGAUUGGUCAGAACGUGUCACCAGGUAGCCUAGAGGCGUCCAAUGAGAGUUCAGCAGCGUGCAGCAACGGGUGUCCAGUGGCACAUGUAGUCCCAGAGGUGGACAGGUUGAAGGACUCCCCUUGCAACUCUGCUGACCAAUCAGAGGACACAGUUGACCAAUCAGAUCAUUCCUGCUCUGAGGUCACAGCGAACGCUCUGUACAGCAUUUCCCAUAAUUCCCAGCGGGUGGCUCACAAGUGUCCACAGUGUGGGAAGUGUUUCAUCUACCGUUCUCAGGUCAUCCGACACCUGCGCACCAACAAAUCCUGCGGUUCGGCCUUAAUGUCGUCCGGAGUCGUCACCCUGCAGGGUCGACCUGAUGGCAGUGACGAAGAGCCCCGCCCACCGGAGCCCCGCCUCCCAGAAUCCCGCCCCCUGAGGACGCACUCCUGCUUCCAGUGCAGCGCUGUCUUCAAGAGCAAAGCCGAGCUGCUGUCGCAUCAGCGAACCCACCGAGCACGCCCGAUCUACCACUGCGGCCAGUGUGACAAGGAGUUUCACCACCUGUCCAGCCUGACCAAUCACAAGCAGACCCACCUGGACAAGGGAGGUUUCACCUGCAGCAGGUGCGAGAAGGUGUUCGAGUCGGCCAAAGAGAGAGACGCCCACCGGCUGCAGCACCGGCUGCCUGACCUCACCUGCACCGUGUGCGACCAGACGUUCAGCUCUCAGACUCAGCUGCUGCGACACCUGCAGACGCACUCGGUGGAGGGCGCUGAGCCCUGCUACAACUGCCGCUUCUGUGACCAGAGCUUCUCAGGAGUGACUCAGCUCCGUAUCCACCAGCGGACUCACACCUUCCGCUCGUACCAGUGCGACCAGUGCAGUAAGACGUAUGGCUCCCUGACCGGCCUUCACUCCCACCGGGCGAGCCACAGCGCCGACAGCCGCUUCCUGUGUCCGCAGUGCGGCAAACGCUUCAAGACCCGCGACGGCCUGGAGGGUCACCUGAGGACACACACCGGUGAGCGGCCCUACCGCUGCCCCUACUGCCCCAAAGACUUCACUGCACUUGCCGGCCUCAAUGUGCACGUGCGGCGGCACACAGGCGAGCGGCCGUACGUGUGCACAGUGUGCGGUAAAGGCUGGCCGUCUGGAGGCGACCUGCAGAAACACAUGCGGACUCACACGGGUGAACGGCCGUACGUCUGCCAGGACUGUGGAAAGGCUUUUUCCAUCUCUUGCCACCUGACGGAGCACCGCCGGAUCCACACCGGCGAAAAGCCGUUUUCGUGUCCGGAAUGCGGUAAAUGUUUACGGAGGAAGUUCGACUUGAAGAAGCACAUGUUGUCCCACAGCAACGUCCGGCCGUAUGGCUGCAGCUACUGUCCCAAGAGCUACACCCGCAAAACUCACCUGAACAGACACCUGCUGACUCACAGGACUGCAGACAGCGAGGUGGACCCGGCCGAGCAGGCCUGACCUCCAGCUCACCGUCACCCUGUUCCUGACAGAACGAGGCUUCAUGUCUCAUCCUGGACCAUGGCUCAGAGUCCAGGAUGCCGUUUGAGGAGAAACUAUUGAAAGCGGCGCUGCAGCAUCGAUGUGGAUCAAGUUCACUGUGAAAGUUCAACCACAGUUUAUAUUCUGGUAUCAUUACAAACGGAAAAAAGAAAAUUUGAGUUACAUAUUGAAUUAACUGUUUAAAGCCAGUUUCAUAGCUGGAUGUUGAAUUCUGACAAAUCCAAAGUAAAAUGAGAGCGGCACGAAUAUGAAUUCAAGGUUGUUUAGCUGUAACAACACAACGUGUCAACAUGUCUGAAAUAUCUAAAUAAAAUAUGAGAAAUAAACUAAAAUGUAGAAGAAA